AUGGACUCAACACAUACCACCAGUGACGAAAAUAUAAGACGGAUGAAGUUCACAAUUGAAGCCCAGAAGGCUUUAAUUGUUAAUUUAUCGUCGACAAUGAUUAAGAUGAAAGCCAAUUUGUCCAGCUUCAAGCUUCAAAUUUUACACUUCAAUAGACUACAGAAUGAAGUAGAUAAAUUGAUAGCAGAAAAAAAUUCAUUUGUUCAGUUUAAGAAAGACAUGACUGAUUUCAUGAAUGCCUUGAAAUCAACUAAACAACACUACGAUCAGUCACCGAUGUUGCUUCUACUUGAUCCUUCGAGUGGCCAGAUAAGUGAAGUUGACAUGGUUAAACUUGCACCAACACCGGACCGAGUCAUAUUCAGCACAUCCGAUAUGAUGGCCAAAUCCGUGGUCUCAGAAGAGCAGUUCGACAAAAAGUACCACGACACGGAUGCUGUCGAUAUGCUCAGCGUUUCAACGGAAUUGAAAGAAUAUAACCCGAUUUCACUCAGAGAGCAGGAGGACUCUCAAGCACACCAAGCGGCAACCAAUAUCAAAGAAAUAAAGCAACUUUCAACCAGCGAUCCGAAAAAUAAUGUCGAUUACGACUGCGAGAUCAAUGUCGAUGUCCUUCAUACGGAGAAGAUUAUUGCUUCAACGUCAGAUGAAUACGACUCUGUAGAGGUCACAGACAAUCGACCGGCUAGGUUGGCCGUAGAGGAGCAGAGCGAAUUUACUAUGCUCGAAAACGUCAUCAAAUUAACUAGUCCAGUCAAAGUAGACAGACAAAUAUCGAUAACUUCAAUGAUUGAUGUGGAUAUACCAACCAUUACUUUAGCAUUAGAAAUCUUACCGGUGUGUAUCACUAAAACCACUUCUAGCGCCGUGGACGUAAAGAAAAAACAAUGGUACAAAGAGUUUGACGAAACGAAGGAAACCUCCGAUCUGUGUACCGUAAGUUUAAAGGACGUGCUUCCAUCUAUACCAGCUGUUCAUGACACGACGGCUAAAGUGCUCAAUGUUGCGGAAACGUCUAAAUGUACCAUGACGGAUGUGAAAGAGGCGACUGAGCCAACAAUAGAAAUCCUGGUCAAGUCGGACCAGGGAGAAAAAAAUUAUCUUCGCGACGCAUCGCCAGACGUUGGAUUAUUGAUUAAUGAACCGAUGAGUGAAAAAGCGAUUUUAGCCGACAUUGCUUUCAGACGAUUGUUAUCAUCGACAAAUCUUCAUAUGCGAAAACUUAAGGAGUUGGAAGCAAUAACUAAUUUUGAAAUUGAAUCUUAUAUCGAUUUCUUGGAUCAGAUUGCGAUCGAAGAAGAAUUAACAUUGUCAUAUGUAACUGGUGCUACUUCAACAAACAGUCAUUGUUAUGUGCAAAUAGUGAUUAACACUAUUGACUGGACCAUUGAUGGUUCUGCAAGAUCAAAAAGUGAAGCUCAAGAAUUAACUGCUAAAAAUUGUUUGACAUUUUUUAAGCACUUUAAGAUUUAUUAA